AUGUCAAUCUACAAUGAUGCUGCUAACAACUCCACAAUCAUACCGAGCCAGUGUCCGUUUUGGGAUUUCGACGAUAUAACCAAAUGUGCCAGAUUCGAGUUGGGGUUCUAUCCUCCUGUUAUACUAGGGGUGGUUUCCUUUGUCAUCUUGGUUGUGAAAUCGCUCAUUUCGAAAAUUGCUGGUAGUGGCAGUCGCAAUAGCGGCGGUGAAGGAGGUUUAAAGCUUGAUGAAUCUCAAGAUACGCGUCCGCUUUUUGCUACUUCAGAUAUUGCAGCAGCAGGAGGAGAGGCAGGUAACGAGGUCACCACGGUGGACGACAAGAAAUUGACCAAGGAGGAUUUGAAAGCUUUGCAUUUUGAUCUUGCCCGAUUGCCCGAUACCAACAUCGACGGCACGCCAUUGGGAUACGUUGAAAAAGUUUACAAGAACGUGAGUGAGAGACUUCGAGUCUCGACAGAGUAUCUCUUGGUGAUUUUGUCACUUGGAUUGCAUCUAGCUCCGUUUUUUGUCAAGCCGUUGCAAAAAGAGUUCAGGCAUACUCUUGUACCGUUGGUGCAAAGUUUAUUCUGGAGUUACUUGUUUGUCAUUGUUUCCAUUCGAGUCAUCAAUAUGAAGAGAGUCACCAUCAAGUUGCCCAAUCUUUGGAUCCACACCACAGCAUUGUAUUUUUUCACCUUUUUCCCGGCGUUGAUCACAUUCAGAUCGGCCUUGAUUUCUCCCGGCAUGAACAAGGCGAUGAAAAGAUAUUACAUUUUCGAAUUUGUGAUUGAUGCCCUUUUGUUGUUUUUAAAUUUCACCGCUACCGUGGGCGACAAGCCUUCAGAGUUGUUCGUUACCCCUGGCGUGGAGCCAUCGCCUGAAAACGUUUCCAGCAUCGCUUCCUUUGUCUCGUAUAGUUGGAUAGAUCCCAUGGUUUGGAAAGCUACUCAACAGCCAUUGCAAAAGAAUGACAUCUGGGGAUUGAGAGAAGACGAUUACGCCUUGUAUGUGUUGAAAAGAUUUGAAGCGUCAAAGUCGACAUUGAGGUUUACCUACAAAAUCUUUGUCCAUUUCAAAUUUCUCUUUGCGAUCCAGGCAUUUUGGGCGAUAUUGGAAUCCAUGCUUAUUUUCGGACCCUCGAUAUUAUUGAAAAAAAUUUUGGAAUAUGUUGCUGAUCCAAACUCGACCUCGGCCAAUUUGGCAUGGACGUUUGUGUUUAUGAUGCCAUUGAUGAAAAUGGCAGACUCGAUUGCCUCGGGCUGCUCAUUGUUCUUGGGCAGAAGAGUGUGCUGCAGAAUGAAGGCGGUCAUUAUCGGCGAGAUUUACGCCAAGGCCUUGAGAAGAAAAAUCACCGUUACCGAAACUGCUGGCGCCGAUGACAAGUCUUCUGUUGAAGACAAGAACAAGAGCAACGAUGAUCAAGACGAGGGCGGUGGCAACAGCAACAGCAAAAGCAGCAAUGCGAAUGGAGAGAAUGAAGAAGAAGAUGAUGAUCUGGAAAAGGAGGGCAAAAAGACGGCAGAGUUGGGAGCUAUCAUCAAUUUGAUGGCAAUCGACGCUUUCAAAGUUAGUGAGAUUUGCGGUUACUUGCACUAUUUUGUUGGUGCCAUCUUGAUGAUUAUUAUUUGCACCGUGUUGUUGUACAAUUUACUAGGCUGGAGUGCUUUAGUUGGGUCAUUGACAAUUGUGGUUUUGCUACCAAUCAACUACAAUUUGGCCCAAUGGAUGGGCCGUUUGCAAAAGCAAAUGUUGUCCGUUACCGACAAGAGGAUCCAGAAAUUGAAUGAAACUUUCCAAAGCAUCAGAAUUAUCAAGUUUUUCGCUUGGGAAGACAAGUUUUUCGAAGCCGCCAUGGGCAUCAGGAAGGAAGAAUUGUACUAUUUAAAGAAGAGAUGCGCCGUUUGGUGUGGAGCUGCUUUUGUGUGGUUCAUCACCCCUACUUUGAUCACGUUGCUUUCCUUUUACUGCUACACUAUCAUUGAAGGCAAAGCCUUGACUGCUCCAAUUGCAUUCACUGCAUUGUCGUUGUUUACGUUGUUGAGAUCGCCAUUGGAUCAAUUGGCUGAUAUGACUUCGUUUGUGAUUCAAUCCAAAGUGUCACUUGACAGAGUGGCUGAUUUCCUCGCCGAGGCAGAAACUUCGAAAUACGACCAAUUGGCUGAGAUUAAGGAUCCACACUCGCCCCAGAUCGGGUUCCAAAACGCGACCUUGUCUUGGAACUCUCUGUCCAAGGCUGAUUUCAAAUUGAGAAAUUUAAACAUUGACUUCAAAAUGGGGAAACUAAACCUCAUUAUUGGUCCAACUGGUGCCGGAAAAACCUCGUUACUCUUGGGGCUCUUGGGUGAAAUGGAUUUAAUCAGUGGUAAAGUUUUCUUGCCCGGUAUUGUGCCUCGUGACGAUUUGAUCCCUGAUGCAAAUGGGUUGACCGAGUCCGUUGCGUAUUGUUCGCAAUCAGCAUGGCUCUUGAAUGAUACUAUUAGAGGCAACAUUACGUUUGGUGCUCCAUUCAAUCAAAAACGAUAUGAUCAAGUCAUUGACGCGUGUGGAUUGACUCGCGACUUGCAAAUAUUGGGCGCAGGUGACCAAACCGAAGUUGGCGAAAAAGGAAUCACAUUGUCAGGUGGCCAAAAGCAAAGAGUCUCACUCGCGAGAGCAUUGUAUUCGUCUUCAAAGCAUUUGCUUCUUGAUGACUGUUUAUCUGCCGUGGAUUCCCAUACUGGCUCGUGGAUUUAUGAGAAUUGCAUCACUGGACCAUUGAUGCAAGGAAGAACUUGCAUUUUGGUUUCACACAAUGUGGCCUUGACUGCACAAAAUGCCGAGUGGAUUGUGGUUAUGGAAAAUGGCAGAGUCAAGAAUCAAGGUACCACGGAAAAUUUGCUCGAGUCGGGCGACUUGGGCGACGAUGAAUUGGUCAAGACCUCUGUUUUGAAUUCAAGGACUCAAUCAAGUGCAAACUUGCAAUCGCUCAACGACAAGAACAGCGAGAUGAAAGCUAAAGCAGCUGCUAUUGAGCAAAAAUUGAAAAAUUUGAAAAACGAUAACAACAAUGAAGAAGCUAAUGAGCCUUUGGUCAAGACCGAUGGUAAAUUAAUCGACGAAGAAGGCAAAGCUGAAGGUGUCGUUGGAUCAAAAGUUUACAUUGAAUACGCCAGAGUGUUUGGAGGUUGGAGCGUUUGGGCAACGAUUUUGUUUGCCUUUAUUGCAUCUCAAGGUGUUUAUAUGUUUCAAUCUUGGUGGUUGAGAACUUGGUCGUUGCAUAGCGAAGAGGCCACGCAAGUGUUCAAGACUGUGGCCACUUCUGUGCUUGGCCACUCUGCCGUGUUUGAUAGCUCGCAUUUCAACCAGUUACCGGGAGUUCGCAACUUGAUGGGUGCCGUCAAAUUUGUCAGUUAUGGUAUUGAUGGAGUCAACAUUUUGAAGGAGGAACACUCGACCUUGUAUUACAUCACGGUGUACGGUAUCAUUGGAUUUGCUUACGCGUCAACUGCGUGCUUCAGAGUGUUUGUCACUUUUUUCGCAGGUGUCGAAGCCUCUAACCGCAUUUUCAAGCAGGUGCUCACGACUAUUCUCAGAGCCAAGUUGCGCUUCUUUGACAAGACUCCCAUUGGCCGGAUCAUGAAUAGGUUUUCCAAGGACAUUGAAUCUGUUGACCAGGAAGUGACCCCAUUUGCCGAGGGUGUUUUCAUUUGCUUUGUCCAAUGUGUGUCAACGUUGAUUUUGAUCACGUUCAUCACUCCCGGAUUCCUCAUUUUUGCGGUGAUUAUUUCCGGGUUGUACUAUCUUGUUGGCUACUUUUACUUGACCUUGUCGCGGGAGUUGAAGCGGUAUGAGUCAAUUACCAAAUCGCCCAUCCAUCAACACUUUUCAGAGUCAUUGACCGGGGUUGCAACAAUUAGAGCCUAUGGUAUCGAGUCGAGAUUUAUGAAGCAAAAUUUGAUUGCUAUUGACAACAACAAUAGACCAUUUUUCUACUUGUGGGUUGCCAACAGGUGGCUCUCGUUUAGAAUCGACGCUGUGGGCUCUUUGGUGAUGUUGUUUGCUGGUAUAUUUGUCUUGUUGGCCGUGGGUAAGAUUGAUGCUGGUUUGGCUGGUUUGUCCUUGUCCUAUGCCAUUGCAUUUAGUGAAAGUGCUCUUUGGAUUGUUAGACUUUAUGCUAAUGUUGAAAUGAAUAUGAACUCGGUGGAAAGAUUACAAGAAUACCUUGAAGUGGACCAGGAGCCACCUUAUGAAAUCAAGGAAACCGAACCUCCCAAGACAUGGCCAGAAAAGGGACAGAUUUCAGUCAAGGAUGUUAGUUUGAGGUACUCGCCUGAGUUACCCAAGGUUAUCAAAAACGUUACAUUUGAUAUUGAACCUUGUAACAAAGUUGGAAUCGUUGGUCGUACUGGUGCAGGUAAAUCCACGAUAAUCACGGCGUUUUUCAGGUUCUUAGAUCCAGAAACGGGCCUGAUCAAGAUUGAUGGUAUUGAUAUCACAAGUAUCGGAUUGAGAAACUUGCGUCAAGCCAUAACUAUCAUACCGCAGGAUCCUACUUUGUUUGCUGGUACAAUCAGAUCGAAUUUAGAUCCGUUUGAACAGUAUAGUGAUUUCCAAAUUUACGAGGCUUUAAAGAGGGUGAAUUUGAUUCCAUCAGUUGAAACGGUUACUGAAGAAUCAUCAAGGACGAUAACUGACGGUGCAGCAGCUACAGGUCCAGGAGAAGAGGAAAAUACAAACAAGUUUCAUAAUUUGGAAAAUGUCAUUGCUGAAGGUGGUGGCAACUUAUCGCAAGGUGAAAGACAACUAGUAUGUCUUGCGAGAUCGUUGUUGAAAAACCCCAAAGUCAUCCUAUUAGAUGAAGCCACUUCGUCGAUUGAUUACAAAUCGGAUGCCAUGAUUCAACAGACUAUCAGAGAUGAAUUUGACAAUAGUACCAUCUUGACAAUCGCUCAUCGAUUGAGAACAAUCAUCGACUACGACAAGAUCUUGGUGAUGGACGCGGGACAAGUAGUUGAAUACGAUAACCCCUAUGUCUUGAUCACAGACAAGAAUAGUUUAUUCUACAGCAUGUGUGAGAAUAGCGGUGAGUUGGAAAGUUUGAUCAAAUUGGCCAAGGAGGCAUACAUCAAAAAGAAGAAUAACGCCAACGGUUUAUCAAAAUGA